UUACUCAAUGCAGGCGCACAUGUGUGAAUGAAGUGUCCUUUACGUGAACCCGCCGUUGUUAAAGUUAUCGCUGAUGGAUCAACGUUGACUCAUCGCGGAGAGCAGCGCGUCUUCUUUCAUGGCGCCCGGGAGCAAACGCUGAACUUUAUACUGCAGUCCGAACGACUUUACCACACAACCAUGCUUAGUCAGAGUUCAGUGAAGGUCGUAUUGUUGGCCGUUGCAGUUGGAAUUUAUCUCAUUCCCUCUCCUAUUGAUCCUGAGCCGUACAUAUUCGAGGAUCCUCCGCCGGCUCUCGAGGGCCCUUUAGCGGUGAACACGCGCUUACAGAGAGGCAGAAAACUGUUUUCUGGUCAGCUCAAAGGUCCCGAGUCGUUCACCGCUGACCAGAAUGGAAACGUCUACACAGGCACUGUCGACGGGAAGCUUUGGAGAAUCAACAACGAAUCCCUGAAGUUCAUCACACAGAUGGGCCAGAACAUCCCCCAAUGUGGCUUCAGUACAGACUAUGAGCCUGUUUGUGGUCGUCCUCAUGGCCUGCGGCUGGACCGGGACGGGCAGCUGAUUGUGGCAGACUCUUAUUACGGCCUGUUUAAAGUCGACCCUUCGACCGGAGAGAAAACACUCCUACAUUCCAGCAAAGACGGAGCUGAUGGGAUUCCCUUUGGCUUUCUGAACGGUCUGGAGAUUUCUAAAAACGGCACUGUGUUCUUCACCGACUCCAGCAGUAAAUGGGGAAGACGUCACGUUCGAUAUGAGGUGUUGGAGACGAAUCGUCUGGGUCGCCUUCUGACCUUUGACCCCACCAGCGGUCGCGUUCGGACGCUGCUGGAUUCUCUAUAUAUGCCAAAUGGAUUUGCUUUCUCACCUGAUGAAGACUUUCUGCUUCUGGCUGAAACCAGCAUCGGACGGAUUAUCAAGUUCUGGUUGAAGGGGCCGAAAGCGGGUAUGAAGGAGGUCGUCCUGAACAACAUGAUUGGUUACCCUGAUAACAUCCGGCUCAGUGACCGAGGCACAUUUUUAGUAGGAAUAUCCACUGUUAGAUUCGCCGGUCGCCUCUUUCCGCCGUUCCUGGAUCUGAUCGGUCCCUAUCCUGCACUUAAACGUGCCAUAGUGAAGCUGGUUCCUCUGAGCUGGUACGAUCUCCUCCUGCCAAAGUACGGAGUGGUUCUGGAGCUGGACUCUGCGGGACAGGUGAUCGACAGCCUCCAUGACCCCACAGGACACCUCACAUGGGCCGUCAGUGACGUCUUCCAGCACGGGACAGUUUACUAUCUGGGCAACACCGAUCUGCCAUUCCUGCCAGUGCUGGAUGAGUGGAGCUGAACACCACAACUGUGCAUUCAUCACGCA